AUGAAAAAGGAAGCUAAGGAUGGAGAAGAGGAGAGCCUGCAGACUGCAUUCAAAAAGCUGAGAGUUGACACAACUGGAUCUACUGCUUCUCUCUCUGUGGGUGAAGGGACAAAUCCAAGAGCACUAGGUAGAACAGUGGCAGAUGAAACCAAGCCUAAGAACGUGUGUACUUCCAAGGAAACCUGGCAUGGGACUAUGAAGAAACCUUCAAGAGGAGCUGUGAGAACCCAGCGUCGCAGGCGUUCCAAGUCUCCAAUUCUUCAUCCUCCAAAGUUUAUCCAUUGCAGCACAAAGUCAAAUCCCACAUGCAGCCAGCUAGUACACAGGAGCCAGAUUGAUGCCCAGGAUGACAGCAGUGGGUUUGGGAUGCCAGUCCCAAAGGAAGCUUGUGACCAUGAACGAUGCAGUGUUGCUCCUGACGUUGGCCAGAAGGGAGUUGGUGUUGAGUCUUUGGGAGCUUCUGUUACACAGUCAGCACCAGAGAACAGGCAGGAGAACUCUCCAGCUGCCAUUUCUCUGGUAUCCAAAGCAAGCCUGAAGAUGACAGAGCUUUCUGACUUUCAGUCCAUGUCCAAGCUGAGCACGAACAAGCUGUGUGCAUGUGCAGGUAAAGCCUGUCAGUGUAAACGGUGGCAAGAUAUGCAAGUGUACAAAUUCUCUGGCUUGCAGAACGCCCUCCCACUGGCACCUGACAGAAGAACAGUUUCUGAGGAUCAGUCCCAGUCUUUGCCAUCAAGAACUCCCUCAAGUUCUCCACGCUCUUGCUCUGAGCAAGCCAGGGCCUUUGUGGAUGAUGUGACUAUUGAAGAUCUUUCAGGAUACAUGGAAUACUACUUGUAUAUUCCAAAGAAAAUGUCUCACAUGGCAGAAAUGAUGUACACCUGA